AUGGAUGAGCGAGUGUACCGAGAACAGAAUGAGAAGACCAUUCGCAGCACCCAAACAGCACUCCGCAACUUUUGCGACUUCCUAGUUUCUAAGUAUCCAACAGAGACCAGGGAGAUAUACCUCAUUCCAUGCCAUGAGUUGGACAUCUACUUGGCCUCCUUCUUUGUGGAUGCACGCCAAAGGGAUGGCUCUGAAUAUGAGCCCAACAGCCUGGCCAACUACCAGUGUGGCUUGGAACGCUACCUGAAGGAGCAUUGCUACAGCUACAGUAUUACAAGAGACAGAGAGUUCCAAAGGUCCCAAGAAGCCCUCAAGCAGAAGCAGUUGGAGCUCAAGUUCAAAGGUAAAGGCAACAAACCCCACAAGUCAAUGAAGCUCACCCUUGCUGACGAGUUGCUCCUUCGGAAACGGGGACUGCUGAGUCGCUUCAACCCCGAAGGUCUCCUUAACCUGGUGUGGCUCAACAACACCAAGGCGUUUGGUCACUGUACAGGCUUCCAUAGCUCAACCCUGAAAUGGGGUGAUGUGCUUUUGCUCACCACAGAAACAGGACUAGAGUAUCUAGAGUGGACUUACCAGGAUUUUAGUGAUCUCAACUCAAGAAGUAAAAGGUCAACGACAGAGUGCCGCAUCUACGCUACCCCACAUGCUCCUCAAACCUGCCCAGUGCAGGAUUACAAGGAAUACGCCCAGCACAGACCUCAAGCGAUGCUCUUUGAAGACGCCCCCUUUUAUCUGUCCAUCAAGGCCGUGGUCAACCUUGCCACCCUACACUGGUACAACUGUCAAGCUCUCGGAAAGAACAAGUUAGCAAAGAUGGUAAAGACCAUGUGUGAGAAAGGCAACAUUCCAGGGAGAAAGACCAAUUUCAGUGUUUACCAGAGCUGCAGCACCUUGUCCGAGGCUCAGAGCAACCAGUUGGUCUUGAUCUGCAAUGACCUCAGGCAACAAGCUUCUCAUUCAGGAACCUCCCAUGCAGGCAGCACCAAUUUUGUCAUUGCUGGUUCUUUCGACUCCACUGACUCUGCUUAAAGGUGAAGUGGUAGAUUUCUGUGCCAUUAGCUGCACCAAAUAUAAUUGCAAAAAUAAUGAUUGUUUUCUAACAACUUUUCCAAACACUUCUUCAUCUGCUGUUGUUCACCAAACCCAAACAAAUUGUACCACACAACACACAAGCUCACACCAUUGGUUGAGCUAGAAGUUGGACCCAAAAUGAUCACACAGGAAUUUGACAUGUUGCUUCCGAAUGUUCAUGUACUGUAUCCUAAAAUCAACCGAACGCUGCCAAGUUACAAACAAACGGCUUCCUCCAUCUGUAAUUUUUCCAUCAAUUCAAAUGUUUUCACCUUUCCCUGUGGCGCUACUAAUGAGUGCAUUGUGCGAGUAACCUCUGAGACCGGGUUCUGGUGCCGUGGGAACCAGGAAGUAAUCAUGUUUACAUAAACAAUGUAUGACUAAAAAUACAACUUGUUUUUGGCGGCACCCUGUGGACAUUUCACCUGGAAGCUGGAGCUCACAACUGCCCAUUCAUUCAACUAAAUUUCCAGCUUUGGCCACUGGGGG